AUGGAUGCGUUGAAUGAGGAUACGAUAGAGGGGAAACAGGCGAAAAAGAAUGGAAAUCCAGAGGUCUAUCCAAGUAUGCCACAGGAAUCGGGCAAUGCGGCCAAUAUGUCGCCAGAAAUGAAAGCGUUCUAUGCCAACAUGGCCAAAAUGAAAUUAUAUGACAUCAUCGAUGUGUUCCAAACAUCCACAAUUGACAACGCCACAUGGACUCAUUGGCAGACGUUCUUGAAGGACAUGUUUGUCGUUGAUGCGUUUUUAAUUAUAGUUUCAAAAGUAACCCCGGUGCCGAAACGUUACAACUUACUGUCGUACCUUUUGAGCAUACUUUGUAGUACAAUCCAAAAGCACGGUGUAAUAAAAAUUAGCAUAAUAGUGUACGGUCUGAUCACUGAAACGUUGAACUCAAACUCUAUAUACUUCAACUGUCCCGGUUGUAGAUUGAAGCUUUUGUAUGCGGAUGGCAGUUACAUGCGGUACUUUUCACAUUUCAAUGGGACUCUAGAUUUCCAGUUCAAGAUUACUUGGGUUAAUAUUGCCAUCUCUAACUUCAAACUUGGAUUGGAAUGGGGUGCUUUGGAAAACCUGUUGCAUAAGAAGAAUAAUUCAAACGAACUGCUCAAAAAAUUGGAGAACCCAGAAGUAGCCCAGUUGGAUGGACAAGACUCCAAAAAUUCAAUGCUUGUAAAUAGAGAUGCAUUGCUGUUCUUAAAGUCACGUUUCGAUGCGUUUCAGAAUAUCUCCUCAUUGGGAAUCGAUAACAAUAUAGUUCGUUCCAUUCAGUUGAACGAAGUUAUGUCAAACUUGAAAUACUUGAAGAUGUUUCAAAGGGAAAACAAUAUUGUCAGUCCUGUGGAGGCGAUGCAAAAGUUUGUUCAGAAGUAUCGCCAAAAGGAAAACACCGAACACAAUAAUAAUAAUGAACGUUGA